AAGACAACAACGCUCAUGCAUUGGGAGAAUACAUAACAUACCUCCGGGAUCGGGCGAGUGUUGGUACUUAAGGAUACUACUCAAUAAAGCUAAAGGAUGUCAGUCUUUUGAAGAUGUUCGCACCGUGGAUGGUGUCGUAUACCCGACAUACAAAGAUGCCUGCCACGCACUAGGUAUUAUAGAUGACGAUCAAGAAUUUGUUGAAGCACUCGAAGAAGUGAACAAAUGGGGAACUGCAUCAUACUUAAGAACAUUAUUUGCUACUUUUCUGCUUAUAAAGAAUCUGCAUUCUCCAUUGCACGUGUGGACCAAUUGUUGGAAGCUUCUUGCAGAUGAUUUCUUGCAUGGUCCAGGAAAUCCAAAUAUAACGUACAUUGUCUCAGAGAGCGAGGCUCAAGACAAGGCACUUCAAAGGAUCGAAGAGAUUCUAAAGAGUAAUGGAAGAACAUUGGCUGACUUUGAAAGGAUGCCUGUCGUAGAACAUAUAGAUGAUGGACGAGUAGUUGACGCAUUGGUGCGGGAAAAAAUACAGUAUGAUAAGGAAGAAUUGUCUAGCCAGCUGAUGCAGUUACUUCCAUCAUUAACGACUGAACAAAAAGAAAUUUAUGAUUGUGUUAUUAAUGCAAUAUCUACAGAUCAAGGAGGUGUGUAUUUUGUUCAUGGAUUUGGUGGGUCUGGAAAAACAUUCUUAUGGAAUACAUUGGCAGCAUCUGUGAGGAGCAGAGGAGAAGUGUUGGUUAAUGUUGCUUCAAGCGGCAUUGCGUCAUUAUUGCUUCCCGGUGGUAGAACCUCUCAUUCCAGGUUUUCGAUCCCAUUGAGUAUUGCUGAAAAUUCAACAUGUAAUAUCAAGCGUGGGAGUCCAAAAUCAAGAUUAUUAAUAGCCACAAAAUUAAUCAUUUGGGAUGAAGCACCAAUGACUCACAAGUAUUGCUUUGCGGCUCUUGACAAGACACUCAGAGAUAUUUGCUCAUCUGUAAAUCCAAAGAAUGAAGAGUUGCCCUUUGGUGGAAAAAUUGUUGUUCUAUGAGGGGAUUUUCGACAGACGCUACCGGUAAUCCCUAAAGGCACGCGUGAAGAAAUUGUCAUGUCGGCAAUAAACUCAUCAUACUUAUGGGAUUAUGUUCAAGUCAAGCAUCUCACAAUAAACAUGAGGUUGAUGCAUCAAAGCAACAUGCUGGAUAGGGAAGAAGUUGAACGAUUUGCUAGGUGGAUAUUACAGAUUGGCGAGGGCACUAUCGGUAAGGAGUCUGACAGAGGCAUUGAAGUUGAAAUACCACCUGAUUUGUUGAUCCACUCGAAUGGGGAUAACUACAAAGCCAUUGUUGACAGUACUUAUCCAGACUUGCACAACAAUCUGUCAAAUUUUGACUACUUGGAAGAGAGGGCAAUCCUGGCACCAACUUUGGAAAUAGUAGAGGGCAUAAACAACUACAUCCUCUCAACGUUACCAGGAGAAGAGGUCUAUGCAAUGGAACACGAGGGGUGAUAAAAAAAUUGGGGAAACGCAUCUUGGAAGCCAAAGUCCUCACCGGACCGAGCAGAUGGAAUAAAAUAUUGAUUCCAAGGAUGAAUCUAUGCCCAACAGAUACAACGUUGCACAUAAAACUUCAGAGGAAACAAUUCCCAAUUUUAGUAUGCUUUGCAAUGACCAUCAACAAAAGUCAGGGGCAAACACUAGCACAUGUUGGACUUUAUUUGGAAAAAAGUGUAUUCACGCAUGGGCAGCUAUAUGUGGCUGUUUCAAGAGUCAAGAGCAGAAAUGGGUUGAAAAUUUUGUUGGGUGGAGGAGAAGGAUGCAAUACAAC